AUGCCACUGGCCUACAGAUCAGAGUGCACCUGGAUCCAGAGUGAGAAGUCAGACGGCUCCUGCGCCUGCAGCCACGAGUAUCAGCACAAACGGCUCUACUUGGCUUCUGCUGCCCCCUCCCUCUCAGCUUGCAAUGGCAGGGCGUCCAUGGCUGCAGCCAACAAGGGCAGCAAGUCCAGAGUCCGGAGUAUCCGCUUCGCAACAAGCCAUGAUGCAGAAAGCGCCCAGAGUCAUGUCCACUUUGAUGAGAAGCUGCAUGACUCUGUGGUCGUGGUCACCCGGGAGAGCGACAGCAGCUUUCUGGCCAAGGCUGGACUCCUGAAGAUCCUGCACAGGUAUGAGAUCACCGUCACCCUGCCCCAGGGCACAGGCUGA